CGACGAUCUAAACCAAGUUGUACCUUAGCUUGGUGUGAUAAGAUGUGAUAAGGAUGUAUCGAUAAGACAAGACAAACAGGGAUCAAUGAAAUGUGGCUGGAAGACUUCGCGACAGGUGCAUACCAACAUGUAACGGUACAUAUGCAAUUCAAAACAAGGUCCAUAAAGAGGUGCCUCGGCAAGUCGGGGGGUGCAAGACAAGCAGGACAAGUCAUAAAGCUGGGACGAUUUACAUAAGAGAUAUGUAGGUAGAAAAGAAUCAGUUUCAACUCCUCACAUUUCCAAAGACAUUUAUAUCGCCCAAGCAUUUACUUAUAUCGACUCCCAUUUCGUAAACCCCAAGUUUUAAAUCAUGGCCCAAUCAGAAAGAGAAAGUUACUCCGACUUUAGACACUUUAUUAUCUCGUCGCCAUCCGAAUAUGUGGCUCACGUCGAGAUCAAUCGCCCAUCCAAGCUAAAUGCAUUCACACCAGAUAUGUGGGUAGAGCUUGGAAGGAUAUUCGCAAAGUUGUCUCGUGAUCCAGGCGUUCGUGCUAUAAUACUUUCUGCAGUCGGCGACCGGGCAUUUACUGCUGGUCUAGAUGUGCAAGCCGUGGACCAGGGAGGCCUCCUAGGGAAUCGCGAUCAACAACCAGAUGCCGCGAGACAGGCAACGAAACUUCGGCGCCAGAUUUCCGAGUUCCAAGACUGCAUAAAUCAGAUAGAGAAAUGCGAGAAGCCUGUUAUCUGUGUCAUGAACGGUGUAUCUAUCGGCUUGGCUAUCGAUAUAGCCUGCUGCGCAGACGUGAGAAUCUGCUCGAGAGAUACUAGAUUUUCUGUCAAGGAAGUAGACAUCGGCAUGGCUGCAGACAUAGGUACUCUUGCAAGGCUACCCAAGAUCGUCUCGAGCUUCUCGUGGGUUAAGGAUGUUUGCUUGACAGCUCGGGGCUUUGGUGCUGAAGAGGCUCUUGCUGUUGGAUUCGUGAGUCAGGUGCUGGAAACUAAAGCAAAGGCUAUCGAGGCAGCUAGCAUGCUCGCAUCAUUCAUAGCAUCGAAGAGUCCAGUUGCCGUCCAGGGCACGAAGGAGCUGUUGAACCAUGCAAGGGACAACACAGUUGCAGAUAACUUGAGAUACACAAGCCUGUGGAACCAGGCGAUGCUUCAGUCUAACGACUUCAAAACCGCGUUGCUGUCUGGACUAAGGAGGACUAGGCCGAGGUUUGAGAAGCUAUAGGUUGAUAUUGAUAGGUGCUUCGGAUGGUAUCAAAGCACACCGAGUAUAGACCCAAUUACAACUGGCAGGAAGAGACUUGGCGUCAUUUUAAAUUGAUAGACUGCUGUGUACGAAGCGAAUUAUAUAAGAAUUUACAUUUGUCGAUGUU